UUCGUCUGCCUCAUUUCAGAAUAAGAUUAACCCUUUAGCUGCCAAAAUCCCCAAAAUUGAAACAAACCCUUCUCAUUCUCACUCACAGACACAGUGAAUCGGAAGCUGAUUGGAGCUACUAGCAUGAAGGGUCAGACGAGAGAGUCCAUGGAGGAAGAAGAAGAAGAAGAGGAGAGGAGAUCAGAGAAGCAGAGAAUAGAGAGAGCAGAGAGGGCAGAAAGGAGAGACGUGAGAGCUGAAAGGAGAGAUCUUCUUCUGAUAAAUCUUAGAGCGAGGCCUUGCUGUUGCGGUGGGAGUUCAUCCAAUUCCCUCUCUUCUUCUUCUGCUGAUGACUAUAAAGACAUAAUUAGCAGUCUACCGGACUGUCUCCUCACCCAUAUCCUCUCCUUUCUCCCAACCCGAGCCUCAGUCGCCACAAGCAUUUUAUCGAACAGGUGGAGGUCUCUUUGGAAACUCGUCCCAGUUCUCGACUUGGACCAGCGCUUGCUUUUUACUCGAUCAGACACAGAUUACCCAGGCCCAACGAGGACCAACUCAAAUUUCAGCUUCCUGGAUGCAGUGUCCAACAUCUGGGCUCUUCGCAAUGCCAUUCCCUUACCCUUACCCUUACGCAAGUUGCUCCUUCAUUGGACCUCCAAUUGUGACACAUUCCUUGUCAGCACAUGGGUCCAAGAUACCCUUAUGCAUGGCUGUCUGCAAGAGCUCAAUCUCUACAUAUUAAAUGGUCCUAAUCCACCUCUGGAGAUGCCUACCACUCUCUUCUUUAGUUCUUCAUUAGUCUCCCUCAAAUUGACAGGUGCCAUUCUUCUCAAUCCUCCUCCUGCUUCUGCUUCUGCUUCAACUUUCCCAAGUCUCCGGACACUUACACUUGGAAAUGUUAGAUAUGCAAAGCAUGACUCUAUCUCCACACUCCUCGCCACCUGCCCUGUCCUCCAAGAUUUUAGCCUCUCAGUGGAUAGUUACAAUUUUCGAGGUUUGGGCAAGAGUGCAGGCAAGGUCAAUGUCAUUGUACUGGUACCUACACUGAGAACAUUGUAUAUACAAUGGCCUGCUGAUGACUGUUGGCUUUACAAACUGCAGAUAAACACCCCGGCUCUUGAGAGGUUUCAUUUUUUUGGUGGUCUGGGUGAGUAUGUUGUGUUGGAAAACCUCCCCAACCUAGUUGAAACAAUCAUUGAACUUGAAGAUAAUGAUUCAAAUACUGUAGAUUAUACAAAUAAGAUAUGGGACUUCAUGGAUUCACUCUAUAACGUUGUAUCCAUGAAAUUCAACCUAGAAACCGCCAAGAUCCUCUGCUAUGGUCCUAUGGAUGGUCUUCCCAUGUUUGAUAAUUUGACUUCCUUGACAUUUGAGGGUAAUAUCUGGCCUUCCUAUUAUAUGUGGCCUGCAGUACAUCUCUUGCUUUGUCAGGCUCCAAAGCUACAAACACUUGGCUUUGAAUUGACAUUCCUAGGUGGCCACAAUGGUUGCCCACCUGACCAUCACUUGGAGAAGACGCAUUAUGUUCCUGAAUGUCUGUCAUCACAUCUUACAACCUGUUAUUAUAAAGGAUUUUCAGGGCAUGAGGUUGAGAUGGAACUUGUUCGACAAGUCUUGAAGGAAGCUUAUAUAUUAAAGACAAUGAAUAUCACUUUUGAAAGUCGUCUAGACUCAGAGAUAAAGCUUCAUGCUUGCAAGAAAUUAAGAAAGCUUCAAAGGAGGUAUCCUACUUGUCAAAUUGAAUUUGACUAAGGACAAUUCGAUUUUUAAGUUCACUUUCUUAAUUUGUGAGAAGCAAUAGCUUUGUGGGAAUGCCCAUUACUCUUUGCAUCUUUCAUUUGAAACUUCAAUGGAUUCAAGAUUAGAAUAUUUGUUUAAUGUUUAAAUUCUCUGUACUUGUAUUUUUCUUUCGAAAAGGAAAAAAAAAGCAUAGAAUAUAUUGUGCUUGCUA